AUGUCGAUGCGUGCGCUCCUCUUUGUGCUCCCCCUGGUGGCAGCCGAGCCCCAGUCCCUUCGCGGAGCCUUCGACGAGGUGGCCUGCACUGGCAACGGAGGCCUGGCAGAGAACAGUCCGUCCUGCUAUGGUGGCCAAUUCCUUGUCGAGAAAUUCUCGCUCCAUGUCCUGAGCUAUGACGGCUCCACCGGCAUUGUCGACAUGAAGGCAGAAGGCCCCCAGUCGGCCGAGUGUGAUGGUGCAGAAUUCCAGAGCGACGACAACAUGAUCACCAUCGAGAAUGAUCAAGGAUGUGGCCUGAGCAACUACGAGUACACCGUGAGGUACUGCCCAGAUCAAGACCAUGUUAUCGUAAACCUGGUGAAGCCCUACAACGCGCGCGUUGUCCUGCAGAGCCAAGCAUGCCCCACUGCCGGGGAGGAGCUCUACCGAGGGGCGUUUUGCCAAAGCAUCAUGCAGAUCGAGACCGUGGUGAGCGACGGUACCUUUGCACCGCAGGUGAGUGUCCCCCUGGCCGUCCUUGACCAAAUCAGUGGUGGAUCCUCCGGCCCAGUUGCGAUCACCACCGGCAAGCUCCCGAUGCAGUUUGGACGCGACAUUGAGGCCGUCGGAGCUGCAAAAGCGAGGAUGGACUUGAACGUCUCCGACGCCGAGCCCGCGCCGGCGCUCGCCACGCAGCCCUUCUCCAUCACGGUCUAUGACAGCAACGGGGAGCCGAUCCGAGGCAUUCAGCUGGCCCAACCGAUGACGCUGCAACUGGCGGAAGACGCCAACGACUCCAUCGUGUGCGCCUUCUUCAACCAGACAUCUUUCCGGUGGUCGACCUCGGGAUUGAGGCGAGUUCGACCAAACAUGGGAAAUGCCAGCACGGCGCCAUCUGGAGCGCCGGUGCCCUUGAUUUGCGAGACAGACCACUUGAGUAUCUUCAGUGGUGUGAUUGCCAUCCCUGCUGAAGACAUGGCGGGCUACGAGGAGCUCCCUUUCGAAGAGUCGAACGUUGCAAACGGUGGCGUCAGCCCGGGGACCGGCGGCGGAGACUCGGUCCAGAAUCCUGGUAACGGCGGUGGGGUCGACCAGGUGGUCGACGUGGUCGACCAGGUGUUGAGAUGCACAAGGGCUGCCGGCAUCUUCUCCGCGGAGGGUAUGAAUGCAGUGGGACGAGGCGCAUGGACGUCGUCGAGCUCUGCAACUGCCCUCUUCGUGAGCCUGGCACUCUUCGGUGCCGCGGCCUUCGCGGCUUUCGCCCGAGAUAUCAGCCGCAACCAGACCAAGUGGAUGGGGCAGCUGAUGUCUCUGAGCUACCCCGACAACGAGCAGGAGGAGGAGGACGAAGAGGAGGAGAAAGAGGAGAAGGCGCGCAGCCUCUGCAAGUACUGCAUCCUCGUGUUGCAGGGCCUGCAGGCGGGUGUUGACCCAGAGUCCCUCGAGCUGGCGAUAUUGGUCAGGACAGUGGGCAGCAAGCAAGGUGGUGAGCUCACGAAGGGCAAGAGCCCCCUCUAUGCCGCUGCCGUGAAGCUGGCCGAUAUUAUCAACGUCUCGUCGGGCUACGCCAAAGCUACGAACCUGUUCUUGGAGGCCAAUUGGCUCGCCCGCAUGCUCCUGCUCUUCCCAGCCGUCCACCGCUCCCUCGCAGCGGGACAUGGCAGCCUCGUCUACUCCCGUGCAUCGAAGGUCGUGGCCCUCUCCUCGGACCGAGAUUCUCUCAAGGAACUUACGCCGUGA